AUGAAGCUUUGGAUAUUAGAACUUAAAAUGAGGAAACAUUCACAUGUAUAUGAUUCACAAAACUCCAAAGAAUUUCAAUACAGUGUAUCUGUUAAUUCUUCGAAAUCGGACUCAUCUGCACCAAUAUUUCAUGAAUGUUUUUCUUCAGUUGAACAGUUGUCUGGACCUGUGUCUAAACUGAACGAAAUAAUUCAAGACCUUAUUGACUAUAAAAACGAUGCUGAAUUUGCGGCUAUGACUGCUUCAGAUUUGGCUAAACGUCUUCGCUCUAACAUAUCUGCCGAUGAGGCAUUUCAAGUUGUAUCAUAUAUCCAUAAAUUUGCACGUUAUCAAGCUGCGCGUUGUGGAUUGGUGAAUUGUUCUGAGCUUGUUCGAGCUAUUAUUCACAUUCUUCAGACAACUAAGAAUGUUGACCUACAAUCUGAAGCUGCAUUGACACUUCAAUUGUUAACUAAAGCUUUAACUGGUGCUAAAUUAGCCUGUGAAGAGAUUGGUAUUCCACAAUUAGUUGAAAUGUUAAGGCAUCCAUCCGAAGUGAUGUAUACAACUGCUCUUUAUGUAUUAAAUCAAUUAUUAUGGCAUUUACCAAAUUAUUCACGUCCAGAAUUUCGACAAUGUAAUGGUCAACUAAAUCUUAUUUAUUUACUUGAAGCAAAUCGUUUGGAUGAUUCAAAUUGGUUAUUAAUUUGUUUAGAUACAUUACGUAUGGCAGUUUAUGAAAGUAGUGAAACAAAGCUUUCCAUUACAUCAACUAAUAUCUAUCAAAUUAUUGUACAUCUUUUGAGAACAUAUCCAACUAAUAUGAAAAUAGCUUAUAAUAUAGCAAGAUUAAUCAAAGUUUUAAGUGUAUGCAAUGAAAAUAAACUAAAAUUAGUUGAAGCUGGCACUGUAGAGGCAUUAACUCCAUUAUUAAAUUGUACUAAUGAAAUAUUACAAUUAGAAACAUUAUGGGGAUUACGUAAUAUUAGUGAUCAAGCUUAUCAUUUAUUGGCUACAAAAAAUCUGAUCCCAAUAUUGAUUAAUUUAUUAGCUAGUAAAAAUGAACAUAUCUCUAUUUGUUCCGCUGGUUGUUUAUGUAAUUUAACUUGUCAAAAUGUACAAAAUAAAAGUUUACUUGUUGAAAAAGGUGGUGUAAAAGUGCUCUGUAGACUUUUAUGUUUAAAUUCAGAACGUCAAGAGAUUGCAGAACCAAUUUGUUCAGCUUUAAGGCAUGUAACUCAUCGAAAUCCUCAUUCUAAUUCAGCAAUUUAUGAGGUACGUACCAGUGACACUUUGUCAACUAUUGCUUCCUUAUUCCUGAAAUAUCAAUUUGUAUCCGCCUUACCUUUAUUAAAAUCUGUUGUUGGUCUUAUUCGAAAUUUAUCUACUGUGGAAGUGACACGUCAUGAACUUAAAGAUUUAAAUGUACCAGGAAUGGUAGCAAAUAUUUUCUUACAAACAUUUAAUUCAUUGAAUAAGACCAAUAGACAACAAUAUCAUGGUAUCACUGAAGAAGAAUCGAAUAAUUAUUUAGAAGGUGUAAAUCUUGAAGAUAUGCUAGAAUUAACAUUGGCCGCAUUACAGAUUAUGGCUAAAGAUCAAUCUAUUCAAGAAGAAUUCAUUCAUACAGCAGGUUUAGUUUCAUCUGUUGUACAAUUAGUAUAUUCCCCAUCUGUAUGUUUACAACGUGCUUCAACUGCUUUCUUAAGUCAGUUGUCAACAUCUCGUUCUGGAUGUCAAGCAAUUGAAAAUGAAGGAGCUUGUCCUCGAUUUACCGAACUAAUUCAGUCGAAUAAUGAAUAUAUUGCUGCGUAUACUGCAGCAAUCUUACAUCGUAUUGCUCAAGAUAAACCUGAAGCUUAUAGACGUCGAUUAUCAUUGGAAUUACGUCAAUCACUUUUUGAUGGUGGACUACUCAAUGAUCCAAAUGAAAUAGAUCCAUAUAAUUCAAGUCCAUCAAAACUAAUUGAUGGUAUACCACCAAAUGAUAAUUCACCUCAUAUUACUGAUCGAAGAUCAAGAAAUUUAUCCGAUUCAAGUUUAAGACAACGUUCGAAAUAG